AGGGUAUUCUGGCUCAUUUUUCUCAAACGCAAGAGACCAUUGUCAUUUUCUCCAAAUAGAACGCGGGCAUCAGCUUCUCAGCUACGCUACCCGCCGUUUUUUUUGCUUUCAAAACACACCUAUUUCUACUGGAAAAUUUGCCCAUUGCUGUCUGCAGUUGUGCAUUUGCCUCAGUUUUAUCUUGGGUUCGAUAAUCUCAUUCUCGUAUCGUCACAGUAAUAUUGCAAAUUUCCUGCUUUUGAAACAUUUCAAAGUUUUUGGUAUUUUGAAAAACAACAUUGAUAACAGUUGUUGCGGUUGCGGUGAUGAAGAAAGCCAAGAGGAAUGCGGCCAUUGUAAUUUCGUCGUCCGAUGACGAUGAAGACUUCAAAGUGACGUCUAAUUUCACAAAACCGAAACCGAAAUAUGAAUCGGCAUCAGUCCCGAGGAAGAACCCUAAAAGGGCUAAAACGGCUCUACUUUCGGCGUCAUGUCCACGCCCUUCUAAAGAGGCUAGUGCCUUCGAUGAGAUGAAACGAUUUUGUGUUGAGUUUGAUGAAAAUUUCACAGGCAUCAAGGUAUCUACUGGACUUCGAUGCAGCAAUGAGACGUGGAUCGACAAACAUAAGCCUCAUUUGCUGGAAGAGCUUGCUGUUCAAAAGAAGAAGGUUGACGAAGUGAAAACAUGGUUUGAACAAAGACAAAAAGCUGCAAUGGAUGGUCAUAGUAAUGUUCUUCUUGUUGCUGGACCUUCUGGUGUUGGAAAAACUGCAACUAUCCAUGCUAUUGCUUCACAUCUUGGUGUCACAAUAUGGGAGUGGACCACGCCUACUCCAACAGUUUGGGCAGAACAUUUGCAUAAUUCUAAUUCAGGGUUACAAUACAUGUCAAAACUUGAUGAGUUUGAAGGCUUUGUCGAGAGGGUGAGAAAGUAUGGAUUGACUUCUCCAACGCUGAUGGGAUCACAGGCUUCAACCAUACUCGUAGUUGAUGAUCUUCCUGUGGUAAAUAGAAGAGAUGCGUAUGGAAGGCUUGAAAGGUGUUUGACGCUUCUUGUGCAAUUAGUCCGCAUUCCUACUGCCAUAGUGAUCACCAACUAUGACAAGAAUGAUUCUGCUGACUAUAGCACACGGUGCUGGGAAGAACUCCUUGUAUCUCUUCAUAGUGCUGGUGCUUGUAAGGUCAACUUCAACCCUGUCACAGUCUAUUCAAUCAAGAGAACACUUAACACUAUAUGCAGAAAGGAGCAGCGUGUAGUUGGUGCUGAUACGAUUGAGCUAAUUGCCAAAGCAAGUGGAGGUGACAUCAGACAUGCCAUUAAUUCUCUGCAGUAUCUCUGUCUGAAAGAAAGACAGGAUAACAUUAGUUGUUUGGAUGAUAUGCUUUGUUUGCCAUUUGGAAAAGAUGAAACUCUCUCUCACUUCCAUGCAUUAGGCAAAUUUCUACACAACAAAAGAGAAAGCGAGCACACAAUUGCAUCAGAUGGAGACACAUUCCUUCUGAAGGAAAAAUUUGUGAGAUUUCCUCUUAAAAUGGAUUCUCCAGAAGUUGUUCUUCGUCAAGCACAUGGGCAAGCAACGUCUCUUUCUGAAUUUCUGCAUGAAAAUGUUUUAGACUUUCUGAGUGAAGAAGCAAUAGAUGAUGCGUGGCUUGUGGCAUCAUAUUUAAGCGACGCCGAUUUUCUUCUAUCUUCACUUAAUGGACGUCUAUCUAGAGACGUUGGAGCUGAGAACAUCAUACAGUCAGCUGCUGCUUCAGUUGCUGCCAGAGGGGUAUUAUUUGGGAAUGCUCACCCAGUGCCUUCCAGGUGGCAUGCAAUUCGACGUCCUAAACUUUGGGAGGUUGAAAAAUCAUCACGCCGCAAUAAGUGUCAAAUGUUUAGUCAGAGAAGUGACUUGUAUAAUAGCAUAGCCAUAUCAAAUCAGACAGUAAUGGCAGCCGAGUUUAGGCCUUCACUUAAAUGGCUUGGAUGCAGAGCAUCUGAAACUUUCCAAGCCGACAGCAUGGUUGAAGAUGACUCAGUUGGCGCCUCUUUGCAUGAGAAUGACCUGGAUUUGUCAGACGAAGAGAUAGAAGACUGGUAAUUUGAAGCAGUGUAUCAAUAUGUGGUCCAUGUGGGGCUCUUUUUCACCUGUAAAUUCCUGUACAUGCCUGAAAUCAUGUAAAUUUUCUUGAGGAAAACACAGUUGAGUUCAUACAAAUUGAAGCAAGUUUUGAACAGUGUAGGAAUUUUGCGAUGAAAGACCUUGAUUUAUACUUGGAGGAACUGUGCACUAAA